AAUUAAUUUGCGGACUUGUUUUACGCGAACAUUGAGUAAACAGAGUCGGUCGGUGCGAAAGGAAACAAAAUAUUAAGAAGAGAAGCUGGUGUGAAGAAGGUGGGAGCCCAACGAAGGACAAAACGGUGCGCGAAAGAGUUGUCACGAUCAGUUACCGGUUGUCGCGUGCCCGGCGAACGUCUCGCGUCUUCGGAGGAUGCUUCCGUUAAUGUUCAAGCUCUCGUUGCUCCUGGCCGCGUUGCUCCUGGUGGACCAAGCAGCCUCGAAGAAGCCGUACGGCCCGAUCCAGGAAGCGAUACAGAAUGGCCUAGCCGCCGAGUACGAUCGGCACAAGUGCAUCUGGAGGCGAGGCAACGACAAGGAUUCGUGUCCUGAUCCUGACGUGCGAGUCUUCCUCUAUGCGCCCGGUCGACCAAGAAGAGAGCUGGACUCUAGAUCGUCUGAUUGGUUGCGCCAGGACUAUGAUCCUACCAAGGAGAGCGUUAUUCUUGUUCACGGAUACGCAGGCGGCGACGACACUCUUCCCAUAGCAGUCCUCCGCGACGCCUACCUCAGAAACAGCAGCUACAACGUCUUCCUGGUAGAUUGGGGUGCAUUAUGCGCACCCCCGUGUUAUCCGGCAGCGGUGGCGAACCUUCGUCCGGUAGCGAAGUGUCUAGCCAACACGCUGACCACGUUAAGGGACCUAGGACUGCCGAUCACGAGGACAACCUGCGUGGGACAUUCACUGGGUGCGCACAUCUGCGGCAUCAUGGCCAACUUCUUGCUGUUCAGGAUGCACCGGAUCAUAGGGCUGGACCCUGCCAGGCCGCUGCUGCGCGCCGGCUAUGUAAAUCGCCUCGACAGCGGUGACGCUGACUUCGUCGAGGUGAUUCACACGAACGCCGGCUACUACGGCGAGACCGGACGCAUGGGCCACGUGGACUUCUGCGUGAACGGCGGCAAGGUGCAGCCUUUCUGCGAGGACAAGCCGAACUCUCAACUCUGCAGCCACGUUUGGGUAGUCUGCUACAUGGCGGAGAGCAUAGACAACAACGGCCGGGAAUCAAUGGCGGUGCCGUGCUCCAGGAGAUGCCCUUCCGGGCCCAGAAUCGAGAGCAGGCCCGGCGAGUACGUGACAAUGGGCCAGCACACGCCGGUCGGCGUUAGGGGGUCCUUCUGCUUCACCGGCAAACACCCGCCGUAUUGUCCGAAAUACGGAGACGGACGCGGGGACGAGAGGUGCUGUCUUCCGGACAGCAAACCGAUUUCUUCGAAGCUCGGAGAGGGUAAGUGAACAGUUGGAGACAGCGUGCGAAGUUUCCACGAGAGCAGGGUACAGGUCCAGUAAGAUAAUCGAUGGUUCGUUAGGAAAGAGGACUUCUUGAAGAUAAUCUGUAAUGAUUACUUGUCCAGCUCUUUCGAGGUGGUACAACCCUUUGCACUCGAAAGCUUCUCAUUUGAAAUAUACUUUCUAAUUGCAGACGAGAUUCUUUCACAUGAAUUUAUCAAGAUAGCAUAUAUGAAUUAGGCAACAAUUGUUUUCUUUGAAUAUUUGAUUGACGCAGUGUACAAAGGUUAACCCCUUGCCCUAUAAUUUACUUAUCCGCUACGAUCGAUAC